GGCUCGUUCACCUUCUCCAAGAUACAGUCGAACCAGAGACUAUAGAGACUUGGAUAAACCUCGUUCAAGAUCACGUUCAUAUUCACCACGGAGAAGACGUAGAGAUAGUUACAGUAGUCGAUCGCCAUCUCCAAGAAGAAGAAGAAGUAGAUCGCCAUAUAGUAGCAGACGAAAUGAACGAAGUAAAUAUAGUAGAAGUCCAUCAGCGAGGAGACGAAGAUAUAGCAAAAGUCCUUCUCCAUCAAGAAGAAGGAGUUACAGUCGCUACAGCCGAAGCCCCUCACGAAGGCCAAGAAGACAUAGUCCUGAUCGCAGAGACCGUGGAAAUUAUAAGAGUCGUAGUCGCUCACCCUCAGUAACAGGCCACAGAUCUAUGUCUAAAAGAAGAGAUAAUGAAGUUGAUGAUGAUAUACCGAAGCAUGAUCAUGACGAAAGAAGCGAAGGAGAUGAAGAGGAGGAUGAGGAAACAAAAAUGAUGAAGUUGAUGGGCUUUGGUACUUUUGAUACGACAAAAAAUAAAAAGGUACCUGGUGCUGAUAUCUCAGGUGCAAAGAUCCGUAAGCCUAUAAAGUAUCGACAAUACAUGAAUCGUAGAGGUGGAUUCAAUAGACCAUUAGAUAACUGAUUGAGCCUAUAUGAUCAUAAUUUGAUGCUGCACGGUUAUUUUAAGCGUACAAUUCUUCCCUUAUUUGUAUUAUGAUUGAGACUUCUUUACACACACAGAUACUUUCUAAUAAACAUAUUUUACUUGAAAAUGAAAAGAUAGAACUGAUUAGUUUAUACAUAACAAUAUACUAAGG